AUGGCCCUGGCCACGUCCUUGGCUGUGCGCGCUGCGCUGCCACAUCAGGUGGCGCCUCCCAUACUGCUGAGCUCGCACAAAGCCAUGGCCUCUGGCUCCCAGAAAGGCCAGUGCUGCUGGGGUCUGCUGGCCUCCGGGAUGGGCCUCUGGCGGCAGACCUCGAAGAGAGGGCAGAGCAGCCCAGCAUCGGCGGAUGCCGGCGUCGCAGCUUCUGCGAAGGAGCCGGCUGCGGAUCUGAAGUUGGACUAG